AUGGAAAUUACAGAAGCUCAAUGUACUGAAUCAAGUAAAACAAAUAAUAGCAGUAAAAUGGAGACUAUUAAACGAAGCAGAGAUACUAAAAGAAAGCAAAUGGACCAAGCUAGUACUCUCCAAGCAGAAUAA